AUGUUAGCCAUACCGGUGCCGGCUACAUCUGAGCAAACCCCUGUGGUUUUCGAUUCCCAAGUCAUUCAACACCAAUCCAACAUCCCUUUCCAGUUCAUAUGGCCGGACCACGAGAAGCCUAGCCCUGACGUGCCAGACCUUCUCGCUCCGGCCAUCGACCUCAAUGGCUUUCUCAGCGGUGAGCCUGCCAUAGUUGAGAACUCGAUUCGUUUGGUCGACGAGACCUGCAAGAAGCAUGGAUUCUUCCUCAUUGUGAACCAUGGGGUUGAUCCAGAGAUCAUUUCAAAAGCGCACGAGUACAUGGACGUGUUCUUUGAGAUGAAGCUCUUGGAGAAGCAAAGGGCGCAGCGGAAGCAUGGUGAGAGCUACGGUUAUGCUAGUAGCUUCACCGGCAGGUUUAAUUCCAAGCUUCCAUGGAAAGAAACACUUUCUCUGAGGUACUCUGCUGAGAGCCUGAACUCAUCAACAGUCAUCGAGGACUACUUUCUGAAUGUAAUGGGUGAAGAUUUCAAGAAAAUCGGGAAGUUCUACCAGGAAUACGCGGAAGUGAUGAACAAACUAUCUGAUGGGAUACUGGAGCUACUGGGAAUGAGCCUUGGAGUUGGGCGGGAGUACUUCAAAGAGUUCUAUGAAGGAAACGAUUCGAUCCUGAGGUUGAACUACUAUCCAAUGUGCCAAAACCCAGAUUUAACACUGGGAACUGGUCCUCACUGUGAUCCCACAUCCUUGACAAUCCUUCAUCAGGAUCAAGUAGGGGGACUUGAAGUUUUCUUCGAUGAUAAGUGGCACACUGUUACUCCUGUCCUUGAUUCUUUUGUUAUCAACAUUGGUGAUACUUUUAUGGCUCUGUGCAAUGGAAUUUACAAGAGCUGCUUGCAUAGGGCUGUGGUAAACAACAAAACUGUGAGGAAAUCUCUUGCUUUCUUUCUCAACCCAAACAUGGACAAAGUUGUGACUCCACCAGCAAGUUUGAUCAGUGCUGAUAGCCCGAGGUUGUACCCGGACUUUACUUGGUCUACUCUGCUGCAGUUUACCCAGAAACAGUACAGGUCAGACAUGAGCACCCUCGACGCUUUCUCAGACAGAAUUACUAAGCAGAUGGGUGGAGAAGAAAAGAACCAAGGAAACUAG